ACAGAUAACAGUGUGGGGGUGAGACAGCUAUCGGCUCCUCUGCUUCAGAUAAUGGACACUCCCGUGUUGGAUAAAGUGAACAAGAUUGAUAAGAGUCCGGUCAGACUUGUUUAGAUGCAGCUGUGGAGUUGUGAUGCUAUUUCGGAACAAGUGGUUACUGAAGAGGUACUUGAAACUGCUUCCACGGCUCUUGAACAUUUGAUUGAGAACUUUAUUUCCAGAAUGGAUGUUGUUGAAAUGAGUCCCCCAAGCUUCAAUGUCAACCGGCCGGUUUUUAAUCAGGAGACUUUAGACUCUUAUCUCCAUAAGAGGGUGAAACCAAAGCUAUCUAGAAGCACAAAACUACUUCGGUAUUUUCGUUGCUCAUCCAAGAGGGCCAAGUCAAUACUCUUCAGAUUUGUUCCCAUUCUGGAAUGGCUACCCAAAUAUCCAGUGAAAGAGUAUAUUCUUGGAGACAUAAUUUCUGGUUUGAGCACAGCCAUGCUGCAGCUACCUCAAAGUUUAGCUUAUGCCAUUUUGGCAGCUGUGCCACCUGUGUUUGGGCUCUAUUCUUCAGUUUUUCCUGUUUUGCUUUACGCCAUCUUUGGGACUUCAAGACAUGUAUCAAUAGGUACCUUUGCAGUAAUCAGUUUGAUGGUUGGUAGUGUUGUUGUAAGACUUACACCUGACCAAAUGUUUCAUGUUACUUCUAUGAAUACAACUAAUCACACUGAAUUUCAUGAGGCCAGAGAUGCAGAGAGAGUUAAAAUAGCAGCUGCAACAGCUCUCCUUUCAGGAAUUAUGCAGUUGUGCCUUGGGCUCAUACGAUUUGGAUUUGUAGUCGUUUACCUGGCAGAACCUGUAGUGCGAGGUUUCACUACUGCAGCAGCUUUGCAUGUCUUUUCAUCUCAGCUGAAGUACUUUCUGGGAAUCCAAACUAAAAGGUUUGGUGGACCACUGUCAGCAAUUAAUACUUUUAUUGCUGUGUGUACUAAUAUUAAAGGAAGUAAUGUUCCAUCAGUAAUUCUUGGGGCAUUUUGUAUUGUCUUCCUGCUCGCGGUAAAAGAAAUAAAUGUACGAUGCAAAGAUAAACUUCCAGUUCCCAUUCCUGUUGAACUUAUCCUGGUAAUUAUUACCACCGGUGUUUCUGCUGGGAUGAACCUGCAUGAGAACUAUGAAGUGAAUGUUGUUGGUCAUAUACCUUCUGGAAUGAAAGCUCCGGUUCUACCUGACUUCAGUCUACUUUCUGAAAUAUUUACAGAAUGUAUUGCAAUUGCAAUAGUUGGAUUCUCAAUGACUAUAUCAAUGGCGAAGAUAUUUGCUAUGAAGCAUGGUUACAGAGUAGACGGUAAUCAGGAACUUAUUGCAUUAGGUAUUUGUAAUACUUUUGGAUCCUUUUUCCAAACAUUUCCUGUUACCACCUCAAUGUCCCGAAGUCUUGUGCAAGAGAGCACCGGAGGAAAAACUGAGAUUGCUGGAGCAAUAUCUGCUGUAGUUGUGUUGGUGAUCUUUGUUUCUUUUGGUUUUCUCUUCGAAUGUUUACCUCAGACUGUGCUAGCUGCAAUUGUGAUGGUGAAUCUGAAAGGAGUGUUUAAGCAGUUCCAGGACAUACCUUUUCUCUGGCGAAUCUGCAAAAUUGAAUUUGCACUCUGGACAGUAGCAUUUGCAUCCUCUUUCAUUUUAGGAUUGGACUUUGGACUCCUGGUUGCAGUGUUGUUUGCCAUUAUUACAGUUAUUUACCGAACUCAAAGUCCUAAAAGCGCAAUGCUUGGUCAGAUACCCAAUACAGAUAUCUACUUGGACAUAGACGCUUAUGAGGAGGUACAAGAAGUCCCUGGAGUGAAGAUUUUCCAAUCUAGUGCCUCUCUUUAUUUUGCAAAUGUUGAUAUGUAUGUGAAAACUUUGCAUAAAAAGACUGAAAUAGAACCAGCUGCAAUAUUAUUGGCAAAGAAAAGACUUGAAGAAAAAGCUAAGAAAAGUGCUCAGUUGGCAGAAAGAAAAAGUAUCCUAAAAUGGGGAAAUAGAAAUAUCCCAAGCGAGGCUGCAAAACAGAAAGCUGUGUCUGAAGAAGUUCCAAAUGAAGCAAUUCAGAAUGGAGCUUCAAAUGUUCUGAAUAUUGUGGAAUCUGAUGCAAAACAUAAAUUGACGGCCUUUAUUAAAUCAGCAGCUGACACACACGCUUUAAUUCUGGAUUUUAGCUCGGUCAGUUUUAUAGACAGUGUUGGAACAAAGGUGCUUAAAAUGAUAAUAAAGGAAUAUGACAACAUUGGAAUCAAUGUCUUCAUAGCUGGGUGUAGUGAAUGCAUUGUGGAAGAUCUGACUAGGUUGAAGUUUUUUGAUGAAUCAAUUCCAAGAAGUCUUCUGUUUCAUUCUGUACAUGAUGCUGUUCUUCACUGUCAGGAGUUAGCAUCUUUAAGAGGAGACAGUUCCACAGAAAUGUCCUCUUGAACUGACUGACAUGAUAAAGUAAUUUAUUAUAGUACGUCAUCUUGGUGCAGAUCAUCUGGAAACUGUUAAAACUGCAAGAAAAUAUCACAGCAUUUCCAAGAAUGGUAACUGUUUUAAGUUUGUCAAAGGAAAUUAUCCCAUCAAGACUGUUUAAUUGUUUGCACCACACAUUUGAAUUUUAACUUAUUUCAUUCUGAUAAGAGUUUGAGAUGUGAGCAACUUCUGUAGUGCCUGAUAGCUGUUAGUAACCAUUUUUGUUUAAUGUUUUGAUUCUUUUCAUAGAUAUCUGCAAAAACAUCUAUAUCUAUGUAUGCAAUGUACGUAAUGUUUGUCUCACCGAAUGGAAGACUAUCAAAGCAAAUGAUUGCUUUUCUGUAUUGUUUUUGUCCAUCAGUGCUCAAACUGUCCCUUUGUUUCUGCUUGAAAAAAUAACUUUAUCAAAUCUGAGAUGUAUGGAUUUGUAAUUGAUCUUCUAAACAAAACUAGUGCUCCCUCCCUCAUUACUCCUUUUGGCACAGAAUCAAGUGGAAACACCAUUCUAUCACAAAUAUGUAAACCACCAUUGGGUAACUUUGCAAACCAGGUUUCGAAAUGUAACUUAGAUUACUUUAUGUAAAUAUAACACUAAAAACAGUGAAAUGUAAAUGCAUAUAUUUUAAUCAGUUUUUGGUUACUAUUAGUGUUUUUGAUGCACUGGUGACCCAUUUGGAAACUUCAGCCCCAUAAAUAUCAUUGAUGUUAAAACAUCUAGACAGUACUUCAGUUUGGCCUUGUAAAUUUUGCACAGGUGAUUUUGACUCUUAAGGUUAACUCCUUCCCUCAAUACCACAUACCACUAAAACCCACCUGUACUUCAGCUAUGCCAUGCACACAAUCGAUUAAUGAUCUGACACUCUCUUCACCUUAGCAGACACAACCACUUUGAAGAAGUUUUUUUUUAAAUAUCAUUCUGCAAAACAAUUCUGAAAUAUAAUUCUGACUGGUUCACUCCUGUUGGCUUUUUUGUAAAAUCCAUUAUGCCAUAAUUUUAUGCCACCAAGGUAAUAAAUGCAUCAUUUACUUAAAUUACAGACUUUUAUAUUUUUUCUGCAUUCUUAAAUUAUAUUAUGCAUUCUCUGACCAGAUAAACAAAGCAUUUGGUUUAAUGCUCCUCUCUAAUUCUUUUUAGGCAUGAAUUUGAAUCCAGUAAAAUUUGAAUUGGGGAUUAAAAGCUUGAUCAGUUCCAACCUGGCAUCCCUCACCACCAUUCCUCCCCCCCCCCCCCCCCCCCAAAACCCCUCCACCUCUGUCAAGGAAUGCUGAAGCCAAAUGUAGUGCUCAUUGGCCUAUCCCAACUGAGGUUAGAUGUCUUGCAGACCAUGUACAAAAUGUGGGAUCUUUUGUUUCAAGUGUUCUUUCAACUGCAAAAUCGGGUUUUGAAAUUAUCAAAAUAAAAAUUUGAUGCUCUGAUUUUUAUCUGUUUAAGAACUUUGAGUUAUUAUCUAAAUCUGAGAGGCUAUUUUUCAUUAAUUUAUUUUGUGAAGUCACUUUACAUUUAAAAUUCCCACAUUGUUGGUAUAAUUUUACAAACCAUUUGUGGAUAUAACCAAGAAUUUCUUUUUUCAAAUUCUGCAAGUUUGUUUUUUCCCCAGCAACAAUAUAUAGGUGAUACAAAACAAGUCCAAUUUUAGUUGCUAAAACUGAUUAUUUUACACUCUAUACAUCUCAAACUGCUUUACCACAUUUCUUUUGUCUGCUUCUAUUAUCACAUUUUACAUUUAUCUCAAAACAGUUUCUUGCAUGCAGAGUAUAUUUAACAGAUCAUGCUUAUCAGUAUGUUCUGUGAAUUGGUGAGGUUUUUUGAAAACCUAAAUUGCUGAUAUUUUCAAACCAUUACUGAAAAUAAGCUAUUUCUUCUGUAACCAUGUCCAUUAUCAAGUAAAUAUUUGAAGAUUCUCGAUUUAUGAAUGUUUAAAACUAGUAUUUAAAUAUAGCUGGUGUAAGAUUUUUGUCUCUAGUUCAAACUAGGAAGGGUCAAGGUUCUGGUGAGAUAGUUGGUUAUUUUCUAAUUUAAAAGCCAUUUGACAGUUUUUAUCCAAAAGAAAGAAAUUGCUUCUCUCAAUUUUUCUAACAAUUGGAACUCCAGAAUGAAGAUAUUAAAUUUGUUUUGUUCUGUCAUCCUAUUUCAGUGCUUGCAUUUCUCUGAAAAAUAUCAAACCGGUGUUUAUGCAUUUUUGAGAUGGGUUAUUUGACAACAGAUAACUGGUGUUUUUCCCAAUUCAGCACUCGGCUGUCUUGUUCUUUUAACCUUGUUUGUUGUCAUUAUUUGUAAGCUUUCUUCAAACGUCCAGUCUUGCUCUUGAACAAUGACGAGCACCAUGUUUGUUUGAGAUGAGAAGUAUCUAGUCAUGUGAUCUUAUUUUGAACAAGUUUAACAUAGACUAUUGCUGGACUAGUGGUUUGAAUCAAUGAAUGUGUUCCUUGGUAAACCUAAAAUAAUCUAAUCUACCUGUAUUUUGGCGUGAGUAGACAUGACAGAAGCAAAUAUCUUAUUGUUUGCUGUUCAAAAUUAUAACUAAAAUCUCAGUUGCAAAAUUUGAUCGUUGCCUGACCUUAAAAGCAAGAAUUAAAAUCUGCAUUGAAAGUUCAAAUUCCUUCAGCUUUGAGAGUUGGUGACUGUAUCUCUUUUAAUAAUUCAGGAACUCUUAUAUUGUCUUAAUUUUCUGACAUCUGGAAAUGGCAGUAUAAAAUGCAUAACAUGUUGGCCAUAGGAGUAUAAAUUCUGUAAUUGUAUUUUUAUAUCAGCUAUUAACUGUUUUGAAUUUGUCAUGAAUGUGUAAAUUUACACGUUGCCUGCAAUUUGAUGUUUUUGAAAGGUAUUUUUGUAUUAAGUAUAAAGAAAGAUCAGUACUGCAAA